AUGAGUUACGACUCCACAAUAACAUUCACUCUCGACACAGUAUGUCCUUGGACGUAUCUCGGUUUCCUCCAGCUCCGCAAAGCUCUCGAUUCCUACCGCUCCGCCAACCCAUCCUCACCAGUCACCUUCAAACUCCAAAUUGCCCCAUACCAACUAUACCCGGAUUUCUCCCGCGACGGCGUCGACCGGCACGCCUGGUACCCGGACCCUUCGCAAGCAAACACGUUCCACGCGCAUCGCAUACUGCAGUACAUCCAAAAACACCACGGCCCCGAGGCAGCGAUCAAAGCGCUCGAGAGUCUGUACGAGCAAUACUUUACGCAGAAAGCGCAUCCGAGCAGCCCCGAGACGUUGCUGAAGGCGUGCCAAGCGGCCGGCGAGGAGGCGAUGGAGACGAGGAUGGCGGUUCGGGAGCAGACGGGGAACGGGGUGGAUAGUGUGCCGCAUAUUGUUUUUGAGGGGCGAAAGAGGGACUUCACGCUUAUUGGGACGAAGGAGGUGGGGGAGUAUGUUAAGACGCUGAAGCAGGUUGUCAAGGAGGCUUCGUAAAGAGUGUCCAUCGAUCAAAGAGAACGCUCGAGAGAUUUGAUGAGUUUACAUCUGCGAUGGCUUCCACACACUACCGCCCUCGUCUUUCUGUGUAAUCCUCGAACAGGUCGG